AGGUGUGCGCGUUUUUAUAUAAACAAUACAAACAACAACCGCUCUGUCAAAUCAAGAAAAAUGUAUACAGGGAGCUCUUCCCAGCGUUCACCCAAACCCUCUCGGAGGCCAGAGAUGGCAGUCCUUGGCCAUGGGUCGUCCCCGUCUAAGGUUUACACAUCCUCCAUAUCUCAGCCUCCUUCCGUAAGAGGUAGUCCCGUACCCCCGCGGGUAAUCUCAUCUCCUCCACAACCAUACAGAUCUCGUCAUUACGGAGUUAGUAGGUCUAGUAACAACAGCCCCCUGAAUCUGCCAGGGGAAUCCCAAGUCCCCCGCUCCAUUAGCAGCAGUGCAUUUAAUACCGGUGGUGUUGAUUACGGUGACGGCGUCAAUAGUCUUAUGAUGGACGUUAGAGCAAGCGGAUCUGGUCACCGUAGUCGGUCUUUAAGUCGACCAAUGCGUGGGCGUGGCUACCAAUCGUUAGAGAGGGAUCCGGACCGUGAAUACGUUUCAACUCGAGAACCUAGGCAAAGAUCUCUUGAUGGUGGGGAAAUUAACAGCAGGCAUGCCAGAGGCCGAGAUUAUCCCUUAGAGCAGGCUAUGUACAGAGAUAGAGAACACCGUGAUAUGUAUUAUCACGAUCGUGAAUCUGUUACAGACUCCGACCCGUACAGAGAAAGUGGGCUGUAUUCCGAUGCCCGUACUAUGCACGCCUCCCCCGUACAUAAUGUAGACAAGCAAAACGAUUAUUCUCGCGACAAUUUCGUGAUGGAACUGCAGUCAAGUCUGAACGAGCUACAAAACCAGUAUGGAAGUAUAAAAAGGGAACUUGAUGUCACGACUCAGAAGCUCGGUUCCAGCAUGCACAGUAUCAAAACGUUCUGGAGCCCCGAGCUCAAGAAAGAACGCGCUCUCCGUAAGGAAGAAGCUGCAAAAUAUGCUUUAAUAAACGACCAAAUGAAAAUACUGAGGUCCGAAAAUCAG